GCUGUGGCCGGGCGGGCGGCGCGGUGUGUGCUGCGUGUCUAUUAGGAGGUGCGUGGUAGUGAUGGCGGCGGUGGGUGAGACUUUUCCUGUCAGCGGAUCCGGCUGGUCCUGCCGGCGGGCGGGCGGGCGGUGGGGCUGCACCCCGCCCCGCCGCUGCGCCGUGCCGAGCCGGGCCGGGCGGCGGGGAGCGGCGGGGGAACGCCAUGGGGCUGCUGGAGCGCCUGCGGAAGGAGUGGUUCAUCCUGGGGAUCGUGCUGGUCAUCGCGGCGGCGCGGCUGGAGCCCGCCGUCGGCGUCAAAGGGGAGCUGAAGUUUGAGGAUAGACAGCUUCUCACUGAGGAGCCAACCUUUUUCUCCCUCGCCUUAGGUUCUGGGAAAAAAGAAAGUGAUUUAAAAAAAUAUGACUCUGAACACUUGCUGUGGCAACUAAGACUCCGGUACUUCAUGGAGUUCAGGGACCCUUGAAACCAGAAAUUACCAUAACUUACAUUGCCGUUUCAGCUAUAUUCUUUAACAGUGGACUCUCCUUAAAAACUGAGGAGCUGACAAGUGCUUUGAUGCAUGUGAAACUACACCUUUUUGUCCAGAUUUUUACACUUGUGUUCUUCCCAACAGCAAUAUGGCUCUUUCUUCAGCUAUUAUCAAUCACACCUAUAAAUGAAUGGCUUUUAAAAGGCUUGCAGACAGUAGGCUGCAUGCCACCUCCUGUGUCUUCUGCAGUGAUUUUAACCAAAGCUGUUGGUGGAAAUGAGGCAGCUGCUAUAUUUAAUUCUGCUUUUGGAAGUUUUUUGGGCAUUGUUAUAACUCCACUUCUGCUUCUGCUUUUUCUUGGAUCAUCCUCCUCUGUGCCUUUUACAUCUAUAUUCUCGCAGCUGUUUAUGACUGUUGUAGUCCCCCUUAUUAUUGGACAGAUUGUCCGAAGAUACAUCAAGGACUGGCUGGAAAGGAAGAAGCCUCCAUUUGGCACUAUCAGCAGCUGCGUGCUCCUGAUGAUCAUCUACACAACAUUCUGUGAUACUUUCGCCAAUCCAAACAUUGACCUUGAUAAAUUUAGCUUGAUCGUAAUAGUCUUCAUAAUAUUUUCUGUUCAGAUGAGCUUCAUGUUUUUGACUUUCCUCUUCUCUACAAGGAAUAACUCUAGUUUCACACCAGCAGACACAGUGGCUAUCGUUUUCUGUUCCACACACAAAUCCCUCACCCUGGGGAUCCCAAUGCUGAAGAUAGUAUUUGCGGGUUACGAGCACCUGUCCUUAAUUUCCGUCCCCUUACUCAUCUAUCAUCCUGCUCAGAUUCUUCUUGGCAGUUUGUUGGUACCAACAAUAAAAUCUUGGAUGGUUUCUAGGCAAAAGGCACAGAAGUUAACCAGGCAGCCCAAAGCACCCGUGAAGGUAUAAUUACGGAGAUGGCCUGUGUCACAGUGAAUGUAUAUAUGUACUAUACUGUACACACGGACAAUUGAGACAACUGGGUAUUUGUGAAUGUUGCUUCGGUGCAUAUUUUAUUUUUUUAAAUAUAUAUAUAUAUAAAAGAUACCGGUUAAGUGCCUUACAGAUGCAUUUUUGGCAACUGCAUUGUUUCCAGAAGCCACUUUGUUGGUUACUGCAAGAGGUUGUACAGUAUUUUGGAGUCCUUUAGUUUUUAUUUUUCUAACUGAGUGAAUGGUCAUGACUAACAGCUGUUUCUUCCAUUGCCCCUGCUUUGAAGCCAGGGUGCACCAGCUGUAAGUCUCUGUCUUAAACUAGCCAAAAGGACCAGAAGCCUAUCCCACUGCUGGCGUAUCCUGGGGAAGAGCUUUCUGAAGGUUUAUUUUCCAAGAUUGACUUGAAUUUCUGUGUGACUCUGUUACACUCCCUAGUCAUAUGACUGUGACAUGCCUUUUUCUUCUGAGUUUGUGUAUACUCAGCAUGGGGCCAUCCAUUGGAUAGAAGCUGAGAAGCAUGAAUUAUUUGCAUUUGUUGACACAGUUGUCUAGACAUUCCUUCAAAGUUAAUGGUUUCUCAAGAAAAUUCUUUCAAUUCCAUUGUAUGAUAUUGUGCCAUUGUAUAUCUUAAAUGCCUCAUAAGCUUCUUCAAAGAAAUGGUCUGGUGCUUGGGUUAUGAGUGAAGUAUUUGUGUUUGCAGCUAGGAGAUCUUUUAUAAUUUACCCCUGAAGAACACAAAUUUUUGUUAUUUCUUUUUUCUUUUCCUUCCUCCAGUGCAAUGCACAGAGAUCUGCAGUGACAGAAUUUAGGAUGCUAAUAUUGAAACAGAGCCUUUAUUGUAGGAAGCCAACCUACAUUUUCUAUAUUGCUGCAUUGGUAAUGAGUAAUAGCUUGUGGGGACAAGUAAGUUGACAAUUUUUUGGUUUUUUUGGCAAUUAAAAGGAUCCUUAUAGUAACAGAAAUGCUAUCUUAGCUAAUUUGACAAUCGGUCACAACUUUUUAAAAAAUAAAAUGUUACUCUUUUUAAUAAACUUAUACUAAAAAAGAAUACAAUAUACUAUUUCUAAGAGGAGCAAUGAAGAGAAAGGAACACAGGCAUAUAUUUAAACAUAUAGCCAGCACUGCAUCUUGUCUGGGAGAUUAAGAUUUCGGAAGCAUACUCUAGUCCAGACUUCAAGGUGUACCCAUCUGCAAAAACCGUGCUGGCAAUUGAGCAUUAAAAGGAAGGAAGGAAAUAGGUCAAACUGGGAUCGAUAUAAAUGCAGAAGUUUCACAUGUGUCAUAAUUAACAUUGCAGUUAAUGGUGUGACUGAGUGCAAACACCUAGGAGCAGAUCUUUAGCAGGUGUAAAUUAUCGCAGCUCUGAUAAGGCUAUAGCCAUUUGCACAAACUAAAGAUCUUUUGUAUGACCACAGGCAUGUGAAAUUCAUAUCCUUUUGCCUUAGUGAAAAAAAAUCACGUUUGGUUUACCUAGUCUGUUAUUUCUAGUCCAUUAUUCCUGUGAAGAACAGGAAAGUAAUCUGGUACCAAUCAUCGGUGCUUUACCUGAUGGACAGUCAGUCCAAGACUGCUCUGUUGCCACCUGUGUGAGAAACUACCAGGACCUGGCAGCAUCUCCUUGUUCAGAAUUGUCACCACCAAUAAAAUGACCAUGUAACAAAGGUACGUGAGGCGGCAACAUGCUGAAUUCUUUCAUUCCCUGGAGGGGGGAUGAAGCUCUGCGCACUGAGCAGGCAGGAGGGCUGAGGGACACUGGCCACCGCCCGUGUCCCCCAGGGCCACGCUCUCUCCUCACUAGCCAGUGAUGCAAAGGGCAGCGGGCAGAGAGCUCACAGUUUUGAUCAGCACAUCUCCAUGCAGCAUAGUCAAGAUCCACCAACAGGCCAGCCUGCAAGGUAAUGGGAGAGAAUAGCAUGCGCGUUCUUGGGCCAAAUUCAAGGUUCCCCUUCCUUGAGCAUGCUAACCGGUAACUGGCUCCAUGUGGGAAGAAAUUCCUUUGUCUGGGCUUAAAGACCCUGCUUGCAGCAGAGAGUCCAGACUCAGGACAGUUUAUUUUUGUUCUGUUUCCAUAAACCUGAACUUUCAGAAUAUGUAAGAACUUAAUCCCAAUCCCACUGAAAUUGCUGACGUUUUCUGUUGGUUUUGAAUGGCAAAGCAACUGGCCCAGAAGGAGUGCUCGCUUUUUUUAAAUGUAUAGAAAGAGUUCAAGCAUACAGUAAUUUACUGUGGUUGUGUCAAUGCUAAAUAGUCAGAACACUGCAAGUACCUUUACGGAGCUACCUCUACGUACUGAACCUCCGACUUUCAGUACAUCCAACAACUUGCUUGGAUUCCACUGGAUGCAUCCUUUUUCCUUUGUUAAAUUUUUUCUUCAUUUAAGAAUAUUUCAAACUGCUUUAAGACAGAGUUUUGUUAGAGCCUUUACAAAGUCCUUGUUGAUUGCUUGGGGCAGCCUAAAUAUUGUGUAUGAGUGUUGGAGGUGUUGGUCUAAAGGGAAUACAAAGCAAAACUGAAAUACAUAUAUUAAAUCCAUACUUAAUGAAAUUUAAUUAUGCAUAUCAAUUCUGUUAUGUUUAAAGACUGUUAAGAUGUUUGUUUUAUGACUUGUUAUUUUGCCUAUAUGUCUUUAAUAAACAGAAUGGUUUUGAAUUUAAUCUUGUUAAUAGGUAAAUAAGGUAAAAUUACUUUUCCUCUAGGUCAACUUUUUACCUCUGUUACCUAUGUUUUGUUCUUUCGUGGGUAAGCUUUUAAGCUGCUUGUUCUUUAAAAAAAAAUAAAAUCCGUGAACUGUACAGAAAUAUUUUAUGAACUAAACUUGGGUUAGAAAGUCCUCGGAAUACUGCAAAUUAUCAUCAACUGAAAAUUAAUUCAUUGAACUCCACCAGGUUUUCAGUAGAGGGUUUGAACAGUUCUGAACCUUUUCAACUUCCUGGCUUUAAAUUUAACUGAGAGGUAUCUGGUAUUGAACAUAAUCGGGCAAAACUGAUGGCAGACGAGAACUUUGUCUGUGUUAAAACAUAAGGAUUUUCUUGACCAUCAACACUUCUUACCUUCUGCAUAUCUAUAAUCCCAUGUAAUGAUAGCAGAGGAAAAAAAACGCCCAAACAAUAAAAGAGCACUUCAGACGUCACAGGGAAUGUUAGCGCUUUGUGUUGAGUUACUCAAACAUUUUAUUUCCCUUUUUGCUCACUAAAUUGAGAAGCUUUUGAUGACCCCAGUAAUAGGUCCAAGAUAAAUCAUUUUUUUAUGUAGUUAGAAUCAAAAUUGUGGUUGUGUUUUUUCUUCUAUAUCCUCUAGUUAGUGCGAAUAGGUUACACGACAGAAAAGGCAGUCUCAGCAGAAGCUGCGCAGUUGUGCUUGUUCACAGAGCAAAAGGCGAGUAAUCCAGCAGUGUGGUUGUACAGAAGUCGUCCUCUACGUUAUUCUGGCAGUCAGGGAAAGAGGAGCUGUUAGUUUUAUUUGUGUACGGUUUUCUGUGGAAAUACCUAGACAGCAGGAGGUUAGAAGGCGAGAUGAAAUAUUGUCUGUCUACAAGCACAUUUAUUUCUGUGCAAGUGCAUAUGUGCAUAAGAGAUGAGCAGUUAUAUACGUAGAAAUCACCAGAAAGGACCAAGUCCCUUGUAUACUUUUUUUUGCAAGACUGCAU